CAGAAAGACAGCUCACAAUUUUCAGUUUCUUCUCCUCUCGGAUUCUUGAGAAAAAUUUUGUUUUUGAGAAAAUGGUGAUUUUUAAACUUAUUUAUUGUAUUUUGUUGGUUUGAAAUGUAUGUGGCAGCUGUUCUAGCGAACAUAAAUUACACGUGCAGCAAGAAAAAGCAAGAAAUAUGUUGGUGAGGCACAUAGCUUGAGAAUCGCGAAAACUGUAUUGCUGUGAGCUCUCCCGAUCAUUACAGAUCUACCGAUAGCAGAAAUCCUCCGCGCACUAUGGACUGGUACUAUAAGCUGCUUGCACGGCGACCUCACUUUGUAGUGUUUUCAGUCGGUGUGUUCUCUGUGGCCUGCAUAAUGGUGGCAUUGAUCGCCAGGAAGCUACCCGACUUCGACGAUCCUACGCUGGGGUUUGAGGCUCGCGGAACGUCAAUUGGAAAACGGUGGACAGCGUGGCGCAAUUUGCUGGAGGAAACGAGCCCAAGCGGAAGGCUCAUUUCAAACCCGAAAGAGCUGGAGGAACAGCCGAGUUUGGAUUACAACUAUGGAUUCCGCAGCCAAAAACGUAAGAAAGGACGGAAGAAAACGAAUGGCAAUGCCAAGAAGCGGAAUAGACUGAACAAAAGCAUAAGAAUUCUGAAAGAGAUAUCUACUAACAAAUCGUCCAAUGGAGAGUUGAUAAGUUAUGAAGAGUAUGACAAUGAUACAUUCAGCAGUCGGCACGAUAACUGGGAAUAUGGGAAAAAUAUGUCGUUUUACGCUGAAGAAACCGGUAAUAAAACAAUGGAAAAGAAACGUGCCAAAUGGGACACGUUAAGAAAUUUGAAACCUCCUCCGGAUUCGAUUGAGAUUCAUAUACCUGCCGACGGAUUUUUUUGUGAAUCGCCUAAUAAAGAAUUCGCCCACUUUGUAGUACAAAGAGUUAACCAUAACUUAAAUGACACCUUGUUUGAGCUGAAUGCCUUCUUGGCGAUGUGUGAUCUAGAGCAACGAAUCACAGUUGGGGAGCACUACACGGAUCUUUGCCAGAAGGAACUUACUAGUGACAACUGCUGUAGACCAUGGUCGGUGGUGAAUUAUGUUACGUUUCUCUCGAACAAGACUUCCUGUUUCGAACUGGACGAGGAGGAUAUUGCGAUGGUUAAAACGUUACUAUUUGAUUGUUACCAAUAUUAUCACAACAUGAAAUUAAGCAACGACUGCGUCAGGUCGAGUUGCGUUGUACCGACAGGGUGCAAGCAACAUAAUGCGGUGUAUAACAUUUUGCACUAUUUGACCGAUGUCGAGUUUAUUAAGCUGAACGAAUCUGCCGAAUUUCUAGGUGCUGCCAUGAUUUUUCUGCCGAUUGCCAGGAGCAUUAAGUCGCUCGAAUUUUACCACAGUUUGCGGCAAGAGAAUCUUGAAAAUGAUUUGGUAGCGGUAGUUGCUAUUGAUAUGGGCUUGAAAAACGCGUUGUUUGAUGAAUGCCUUCUUAGAGACGGUUGGCUGCUUGGAUUGGGCGCACUAUUCGUGGUGGUUUCUAUGUGGCUCUACACGAGGUCACUGUUUGUUACUCUAAUGACUGUGAUUGCUGUGAUUUUCUCACUCGGAAUAGCCUACUUCAUCUAUGCACUGAUAUUCGAGCUGUCGUUCUUUCCAUUCAUGAAUCUUCUCGCAGUAGUUGUCAUAGUUGGAAUUGGAGCCGAUGAUGCAUUUAUCUUUCUGAAAAUUUGGCAGUGUGUUAUGGAAGACCGCAUGAAAACUGGUGCCAUUGCUAUGGGUCCCUUAGCGGCCCCUUUUGUGGUGGAAGGUGUAACAAGUCGAUCAGAUACAUUAAUCGGAAUUAUGGCCAAAACAUUGAAGCAUGCAGCCUUGUCGAUGCUAGUCACGUCACUGACAACAGCAGCAGCAUUUUACGCGUCGUAUGUGAGUUCCAUCACGGCCGUUCGUUGUUUUGGCAUAUUUUCUGGCACAGCAGUAAUGGUUAAUUACCUGCUAAUGAUAACCUGGCUGCCUGCUUGCGUAUCGAUUGCAGAACGAAUAUCAUGUUUCUCGCUGGUCAAACCGGUGGAGAACUUCGUUGACAAGCUUAUGUAUCCCUUUAAGGCGAUUAGUCAAUUUGGUAGAAAAAUAGAGGAUGUUAUAAUAUCAUCAGUUAUCAAAGUCCCGUUAUUGUGGAUUGUUUUGCUAGGUGCUACUGGUGUGUUGAGUGGGGUAAUGGUGUUGCACUGGCCAAAGUUGAGACUGCCUGAUUCACCGGAUUUUAAAUUGUUUAUCAGCAGUCAUCCGUUCGAACGAUACGAUAGUGAAUAUAAGGAACAGUUUUGGUUCGAGAAGAUUUAUAUAACUACGGAUACCUUCAAGCUGCCGCUGCGCUUCGUAUGGGGUGUCCAGGCGGUCGACAGUGGAAAUUAUCUCGACCCGGAAAGCCGAGGCACGCUUUACUUCGAUGAAAGCUUCAACAUGAGCGCGCCUGAAUCGCAACAGUGGCUGCUGAGCUUUUGCAAGAACCUCAAAAAUCAGACCUUCUAUCAAAUGAGUUACGGCCUCCUGCUACCGAAUUGCUUCAUCGAAAACUUCGUUAACUGGAUGUCGCGACGCUGUAAUGAUUUUAUGGGCGAGAUCGAUCGAACACCUUGCUGCGAAGUGUCGUCCUUCCCGUUUGCCCCGGAUGUGUUCGAUCAGUGCUUGCCGGAGUCGAUUUCGAGCCUGUAUGAAACUCCUAGGCAGUUCUUCAUCCCUGGAGUCGCCGGGCCUAAAUUUGCCAGACAAUCGUUUGAAAAUGCUAGUCGGCCUGCAAUGGUGAAGGCGGUUGUUAUCGAAUAUGAAAGUAAUCAGGUGUUUACCAUGUCCUACACGGAGAUUGAUGCUUUUGUGCAAACAGUGGAAGAUUGGUUAGAACGAAUGCUAGUCGAUGCACCCCCCGGAAUGAAGAACGCUUGGUUCAUAAGCGAAUUAGAGUUUUUUGAUUUACAGGAUACAUUGUCCACUGGGACAAUGAUCGCUAUUUGUAUGGCGAUGGGUGUUGCACUGCUAGUACUACUUUUAGUGACGUUGAAUGUGUUGAUUAGUUUAUACGCUGUAGUGACUGUUACGUUUACAAUUUUGACGACGGUAGCCGUUCUAGUGCUACUGGGUUGGAAGUUGAAUGUGUUGGAGAGUGUAGCUGUUAGUACUGCAAUAGGAUUAGCGGUAGAUUUUAGCUUACAUUACGGCGUCCAUUAUAGGCUUUCGACCGAUUCGGAUCGAAAGUCUUCGACGUACUACUCGAUGACUAGAAUGAUUGGUCCUACUGCGAUGGCCGCAAUCACUACCGCCGUCGCUGGGGCACUGAUGUUGCCCUCGAACGUUCUUGCGUAUAUUCAAAUAGGUGUGUUCCUGUUGAUCGCUAUGUUAACUAGCUGGAUAUAUGCCACAUUUUUCCUAAUGAGUUUACUCAGAGUUAUUGGACCACAGUUUGGUUUCGGCCAGUUUCGGUAUCCACAUUUUCGGGCAGGACUUCGCGAGAGUACAAAAGCUCAAAUCGACACCGCAACUCGACAGAACCAAUUGCACCACCAGAAUACGGUUUCCGAGCAGCUGCUAUCAAAUUCUAGCUCGGCAGCGGGUGAAUUCGUUGGCUCCGAGUCCCAUGAGUUGGACUCCCUAACAUCCAAUUCUAUUAUCAAACCCAUCAACCUAGAUAUUUCAAGGCCUAUCAAUUUCGACAGAGCUUUUAAGAAAAAAUAUUCAUUACCUCGGGAGCAAAGCCCAUCGACGGCUAGUGCAAUAACGGUGGUUUUACCGGAUGACGUAGACUUCAAGAAUGGGUAAUGAUUGAUUUAUGUUGUAGAAGCUCCGUAUUGCAUUAGAUGGUUUGGUCAUCGAAACAUGUGCAAUUGUAAAACGAGUUUCUGUAAAAAAUACUAGAUAUACGAAGCUUAAUUCAGACAGUUCAGUUUCCGUUUAGCUGAAUUAUCUAAACUAUUUUCUCUAUGUUACAUAGAUGUGUGUUUAUGUAGAAAACAGGAAUCAGCAGUGAAACCCUCAUGAAAGCAAUACUAUUGAUUUCACUCCUUUCAUUUUAUUGUAUUAUUCUGUUUUAUUUAAAUUUUAUCUUUUUAUAGUAGAGUGGUAUGAGUAUAAUUGACUAAUGAUUCCAGCCAUAUAUAAUGACCAAUGUACUUAAUGUAAUUAGUAUUCUUGAUUUAACCAUACAUAAAACCGUGCCAAAAUAUUAUCCGACAACAGAAAGCUAACUUGUAUUUGUUUUUCCAUUUAUUCAAGUUAAUCAAAAUCUAUGACAAUACCUAUAAGAUUACAUUUGUGCUGUGUACUUUCAUAGAAUUAAUCGUCGUAAAUACGUACACUAGCAAUCUAGUUUCGAUUUUUUUAAAUAUUUCAACUAAUGCUCGUGAAAAGUAGCAUUCUACUCGGUGCCAUCAAUGUUUAUGUAUUUUAUUGAUAACACAAUCAGUGUACUGAAGAUGUAUAAGGACAUACCUGUCUGUUAGUGUGUGUGUGUGUGUGUGUGUGUAAUGGCAGCACGUUCAAUGGACUGCGCAUAGGAUCUCAACAAAACGUUAUAUUUUUACUUUUUACCAGAAACAAAACAUACAGAGUUUUUAGGCCAGAGCUAUACUGCCGUUCCAAGCAUAUCUGUCCGAUGUUCUAUGGAAACCUUAUGGACGCUGGGACAUUUAUGCUUGGAACGGCAGUAUAGGCAUUUCUCAGAGCUGAAGCAGAACGGUCUGAGUACAUAUGAAAUAUUUCUCUCUUCCACGCGAGUAGACGGAAGAUAACACCGUGAAACGUAAACUGUAACGCUCAAAAUAUUGUGAAACAAUUAUAUAGAACAUUUUGUGAUAUAUACAUAAUAGGUGACAAUGCAAAAAACUAUAGUUUAACUUUGAUGCGAGCUGUAGAAGCAGUAAUCUGAAAAGAAUACAAACCAUUUUAAACAAAUAA